CCACCUCAGAUCCUCAACAUGGAAGAUGACCCCAACUGGUACAAGGCCGAGCUGUACGGCUGCGAGGGCUUCGUCCCCAAAAACUACAUCAGGGUCAAGCCGCACCCGUGGUACGCGGGCAGGAUCUCCCGGCACCUGGCAGAGGAGCGGCUCCUCAAGCACAAGCACCCGGGAGCCUUCCUGAUCCGCGACAGCGAGAGCACCCCGGGGGAGUUCUCCAUCUCCGUCAACUACGGCCAGCACGUCCAGCACUUCAAGGUGCUCAGGGAGAGGAAUGGCAAAUAUUUCCUCUGGGAGGAAAAGUUCAAUUCCCUCAACGAGCUGGUGGAUUUCUACAGGACGACCACCAUCGCCAAAAAGCAGCAGAUCUUCCUCCGGGACGAGGACCAGACCCAGGAGGUGAGGAGACCCAAAUUUGUGCAAGCCCAGUUUGACUUCUCAGCCCACGACGGCUCCCAGCUGCCCUUCUUCCGCGGGGACAUCAUCGAGGUCCUGGACUGCCCCGACCCAAACUGGUGGCAGGGGAAGAUCUAUGGGCGCGUUGGCUUCUUCCCCCGAAACUACGUCCACCCCAUCCACAAGUGA